AUGCUUCAACCAAGAAUGAUAAUACCACGGCUACGGCCAACCCAAUUGGCUUCACUCACCCGCCAAGCGACACCCAUACAAUCCUCAGCCCUUCCUCGAAGUUUCCGCCGCUCACUUCAGAAAUCUCUACAGCAAGCUCAAUUGCGAUGCUACGCAGCGAAACCCACAGCUGCUCCCACAAAGUCUACCAAGAUUGAAGAUGAACUCAAGAGACAGGCCAGAGCUGUAGCCAAGGGGGGCAAGGAAUUUGAACUACCAGAGAAACUCAUCAUAUACCAUGGCGGUACAGGUCGUAUCACAUUCAUGGCCAUGCUCAAAAUCACAACACUCUUCCUCGGCGCAUUCUUCUGCUUCAUUGUAGCACCGAGCUAUGUCAAGGCUGAAAAGCCCGAGUGGGUUACCGCAAGCAUCGUUCUCUGCGGCAUCGUCCCCAUCUUCUUCGUUGCGUACAUAACCUCCCCCUUCGUGACACACAUCCACAUCCACAUCCCGCCAUACGCCCGGACUUCGCGCGCCCUUCUGGAACGCUUCGUCAAGGCACUCCCACCGUCCACGCCUCUAACCCUGACAACCAUGAGCGCCAUCUCCAAGCCUCGCUACAGCAGCAUUCAGGCCGGCGACCUGAGCCCUGUGCGACGCCGCCUCGGCCUCAUCAACUACGUGCGUGACACCAAGGAGGAGAACGCUAAGCGCAGCUGGUAUAUGUUCCGUGCCGUUGGCAAGUUCUACAUCCAGGACAAGAAGCCGCAGGCGAGGGUGCGGUACCAGAAGAAGACGGACAAGGUUGAUGGUUGGAUCUGGGACUCUAUCAAGGAGCGUGUUGACAAUAGGGCCCUCAAGGCUGCGUCACCCUACAAAGGGGAUCCCACUGUUUGA